CACUGAAACUUCACUCACUGCUGGAGAAGCUCAGAACACAAAGGAGAAGCCAUGAGCAACUCACUGCUGAAAAUGCUGGGCACCUUGUUGUGUGUCCUGGCUGCCUGCGCUGAUAUCGUGCCUGUUAAAGACUUCAACUUGGAGAAGAUGGCAGGCAAGUGGUACAUUGUUGGCUUUGCUACCAACGCUCAGUGGUUUGUGAACCACAAGGCAGAUAUGAAGGUGGGCACCGCUGUAGUAGUUCCAACUACUGGAGGAGACCUGGAUCUCUCCUAUGCCAACCUGAAUGCUGAUGGUACCUGCUGGAGAAUGACUCAUCUUGCUAAGAAAACUGAUACUCCUGGACGCUUCACCUUCCACAGCCAGAUUUGGAACAAUGACAACGACAUGCGCAUUGUUGACGUCCUGUAUGAUGAAUACGCUCUGGUCCACACCAUCAAGACAAAGGACGGAGAGUCUGAGGUCCUCAAUAAGCUUUACAGUCGCACUCAAGAAGCCAGUGUUAACCUGCAGCAGAAAUUCACACAGUUUGCCCUGGAGACUGGAAUCCUCCCUGACAACAUUGUUAUCCUGCCCAAAAAUGGUGAAUGUCCCGAGGUCUGAGGAGUCCCCUGCCAUCCUCCUGCCUUCAUCUCUUGCUCUCUAUCCAGUCCCAGGCUUUCCUCUCACAAGAGCCUUACCCCCACCCCGUCACUGUGACGUCUGCAGUAUCACGAAACUGCACCUGAGACAGUGACGCUACAGCAUUUUACUUCCCGUCCAGUCCUUGCUGCGUACCAAAGACCAAAUCCUGAUCCUAAUUCAGACCUCACUCUCUGCAACUUGUGCAUUAACUGUGGCAUCAGAAAGGAACAGUAAAGGGCUGAUCAUGAGACAGAGGGAAGGAGUAGAUGUGAUUGUGAAAUGCCAGUUUACUUUUUAUACAUGU